AUGCUAUCAACUGUCAGUCCUCAAAGAGCCGUAGUAUCAUUACACACCGGACAGCUAACAACACCACCACUUUUCAACCAUAAACAACCUGUAAUGGAAGCUGCUGUUCCUGUGCAGUUACAUCAUUUACUCAGGAAAUGUUAUGGUCUCGAAGAGGGCGCCGAUUUGUAUAUUAUACCCAAUAAUCCUAAUAAGCUUUUUGUCUUCUAUCGAGGACAGUUGCGAAUGGUCGAUUUAUCUGCAUGGCAAGCAAUUCAGCAGCCGUUUAGCAAUGAUGAUUUGAAAGUAAGUCCUAAAUCAUCUUUGGAAGAUGGAGGAGGGAAUGGACGAGUAGUUCCACCUGUAACACCAGUUACACCACGUCGAACACCUUCAACGAUAGCACAUCGUGUAAAUGAACCGGAAUGGCAUAAAGCGGUUUCUGAUAAAGAACGAGAAUUACUGCAAAAAGAACGUCGUCGGAAGAGCGCGUAUAAAACUUCACUUUGCAAUGCAUUCCGAGAUACUGGACAAUGCGCAUAUGGUUUGGAGUGCCGGUUUGCACAUGGUAUUGAUGAAUUACGUCCUACACCAGGGCCACAUCCAAAAUACAAAACACAGCUAUGCAACAAGUUUGCCUUAUAUGGUUCAUGUCCAUACGGUAGUCGCUGUCAGUUUAUUCAUAUGCGUCCAUAUGAAGUGCAAAAUGAUUUGGUUCAUAUGAAUUUUACGGCAAGUCUCGAUGAUGGUGGCAAGCAUGCAUUGCAUUAUCGGCAUUAUUCAAGGGGUACAAGGCCGAGGUAUUGUGCAACGAAUUCAUGUGUUGUUGAGGUGACAGGAUCGGAGCGCUGCGAUUCGUUUUCGCAGCAAUAUUUUAAUUCUGAUAAUAAUUUGCAGACUGUUGGAAUACCAUCGAGUAGCUGUAACUCAGAGGCUGUUCAGACUUGUUGGCAUCAAUAUCGGCCUAAUGCUGACGUAGCGGGUAAUGUUGAAAGAACACUGAGCGCUUUUUCGAUGGCAGGCUCGAAUGGAUUGAACUCUGACAUAACUGCGGUGGAUGAUUUGUUUAGUACAAUGAGUAUUGGUGAACUCAAUAAUCCAUUUACACAGUCAUGUUUUCCACGAAUAAAUCUUGAAACUGUGGUGGGAAGGACGCGACCGUGA